AUGCGACACAGUAUUGACGAAGCCAACAACGGCGGCACAUCACUAGGCACCCACAGCUUGAUCCGAUCCUCGACCCCAGGAGGCGCAUCACAAGGCCCAUCGCCAGCUACCACUCCCGUCCCCAUCCCGGGCGCCAUCAGACGAUCCCUCUCCGUAUCCGCAAGAGGCUCCUCGUACAAUACCCAGGCUACCGCGACCACUCCUGGUUCGUUCAUGACCGUUACCGAAUUGCAAACCUCAAAAGACCGAGACGACCAACAGCAAUUCGCGGAAGAGAACAACAACAAGCAGCUUGGAAACGGACCCAACAAUGACAUUGCUCCGUCAGGCAAUGGGAGCGCCGCUGUCAGCAACACCCAUACUUCUACGUCGGUAGCCCAAUCGUUGGGAGCCAAUUCCAACUCGGCCAUUGAUCCGCUGUCCCAGCAAAUAUUCAUACGAAGACAAACCGGCGACCUUCUCCAAGGAUCCUCGUCCUCGAAACCACCGAAACAUUUACGCAACAAUUCCAGACCCGGGAGUCCGGGUCUGAUGUCGAGCGUUGGAGAAGGGGCAGCAGGGAUAUUAGCAGGCAGAAAGGAAUCAGAGUUUGGAGCAUCUUUCUCGAGGACUAAUACACCAGGGAGUGAGGUUAAGGAUAAGAGCAAAAGCAAAAACUUCUUCCUCCGCUCCCUCACCCUCCGCGGCCGAUCCAGCUCGUCCAAGUACAACGACUUUGACUCUGACUCCGAAUUCGGCGGCGACCCCCGCAUGAAUGGCUUCAACGCCCGCGUCUUCAGCCAAGCCGUCGGCUACACCCCGCACCACAAGGAACCACCAAGAUACAUACGAACAAAAGCGGCGAACAAAAAGGAGCGAGACUUUGGACGGGUGUUUCUGGCGCAGGAGUUGGUGGGGACGAGACCACCUGGGUACAACACUACACGAAAUACACAGCAAGAGGGGAAUAAACAAGGGCAAGAGGGUGGAAGCAGCAAAGGGGAUGCCCCGGCCCAAGGAGGAGAAACCAACGGAGGAUCAACAGUAACAGUCAGCGUCGCCGGCGCCGGCGGUCACCGCAAAGUCGCCAAAACCGGCGGCGCAAUCUGGGCCACCGAAUUCAGUCGCGACGGGAAAUACUUUGCUGCCGCAGGGAAAGACAAUGUUGUCAGGGUAUGGGCGGUGAUCUCCACGCCCGAAGAACGACGAGCACACGAAGAAGAAGAAGCCGCUGCGACUGGAGGGACGACCGGAGAAAGGCUUAGCGCGCCUGUCUUCCGCGAUCGACCUGUUCACGAGUUUGUGGGACAUACGGGCGAGGUGCUGGAUUUAUCCUGGUCGAAAAACAACUUCUUGCUGUCUUCGUCGAUGGACAAGACCGUUCGACUCUGGCACAUUUCGAGACAAGAAUGUCUAUGCACAUUCAAGCAUAAGGAUUUCGUCACACGGUUGGCGUUUCACCCAAGAGAUGACAGGUUUUUCUUGGCUGGCAGUUUGGAUACCAUUUUGAGAUUGUGGUCGAUCCCUGAUAAGACGAUUGCCUUCUCGGCGCAGUGUCCAGACCUGAUCACGGCCGUGGCGUUUAGCCCGGAUGGCAAGACGGCGAUUGCGGGCUUGUUGAACGGCCUGUGUCUGUUCUACGAGACGGAGGGAUUGAAGCCGCAGGCCCAGGUGCACGUAAGGAGUUCGAGGGGAAAGAAUGCGAAGGGGAGUAAGAUCACUGGGAUCCAGACGAUAUCUGUGCCGCCGCCGGAUCCGUUGAAGGAACAAACGCCAGAUAGUGAGGAACAAGGGGAAGUCAAAGUGCUAAUCACCUCUAACGAUUCCCGAGUGAGGAUAUACAACCUCCGCGACAAAUCGCUGGAGAUCAAGCUAAAGGGACACGACAACUCGGUCUCGCAAAUCGCCGCGAGUUUCUCAGACGAUGGGAAAUACGUCAUUUGCGGAUCGGAAGACAAAAAGGCGUUUAUAUGGGGAUUGAACGGAGGGCAGCAGAGAGCGGCAUAUAUGGACAAAGAAAAGAGCCCCUACGAGUACUUUGAGGCUCAUGGGGAGAUGGUUACCACGGCGGUUUUUGCGCCCACUAAAACGAGAAUGUUGCUGGGUCGCAGCGAAGAUCCGAUUUACGAUCUGUGUAAUCCGCCACCGGUCUUGUUGAGGAGUGCUGGGGAGGAGGAGGUGGCGACGGCUAGUGCUACGCAUAGUGCUGCUGCUAGCCAGACUGAGUUGUCAUCUGAGGACCAUCACCCGCCAGCGCCGAUUCAAAGACCGGAACCGAGCCCGGCGUAUAUCGCCAGGUCGACGCAUUAUGAUGGAAAUAUCAUUGUCACGACGGAUGACACUGGUAUUAUCAAGGUGUUUCGACAGGACUGCGCUUAUGCCAAGAGGAAGCACGACUCCUGGGAAACCGGCUCGACCUUCUCUCGCAAGCUUACCUCCCACGGCGGCAGCCUCUACAACGGAAGACUAGGACGAAGCAUUAGUGUGUUGUCGAGAACUUCCGCAGGGACAGGUAGCGCCGCUCACUCCAGAAGAGGCUCCAUGUCCGGAAACAAUGCGCCAUACAUGGUCACCUCACCAGUCUCUCACGCUUCGGCUUUGAACCAGGCUGUCAACGCAGGCAGCGAUCGGAUUCUCAGUUGGAGGAUGGGAAUCGAAAAUGGUCCCGAUGCCGGCGGGAACGGUGUCGCUGGACCUCGCCCCGGAGCCGGAGCAGGACAAGUCGGACCUGCGCCCGGUAACAGGUCUUCCGCCAUCGUGAAUGGCAGCAACAGAUGGUCUGGCGUCCAAACCCCAACCCAUAGCGAUCGGUCUUUGAGCCCCGUCCGUCCAAUAGCAGUAGGUAACAGAGCUUCCAUGCCAGCAGCUGUUUCAGUGCCUAGCACACCUAACCGUAACGCCAACGCCAACGGCACGUCCACCCCCAACGGCGCCACGAACGGGUAUCCCCACGGCCACUCGCACCUCGCUACGCAUACCGAAGCCAACAGCAACUUGCUCGAAUCGCCCGCCAACCUGACCCCCAUGCAUAGGGUCAACACGAUGGGAACAGGAACCGAACUGGGAAGUCCAACAAGGUCUGUGCCGAUGGAUAUCACGCCUGAACGGAACCGUCAAGCCCGUGAGAGGGAGGAGAAAGAGAAGGAUCUGCCUGCGCCGGGGUUCAGUUUCCGGUCAGUGGGUAGGACGGGGACUGGUGACAAGGAGGAGAGAAGGGGAAGUCAGCCUUUGGAUCAAGACCAGACUGAUGGUGGCAACAGUGGGAACGGUGGAGGAAGUGGCAACGGCAGUGGAAGCGGAGGUAUUUCCUUCUGGAACCCAUUGAAGGGAAUGGGGUGGAAGGUCGGUAUUCCCGGUUUCGGAAGCAAGAGUUCGACGCCUUCGAACUCCAGUGGUCAACGGCCUGGUAGUUCCGGUGUUGGUCUUGACAAGGAAGGAGGUUCUGCCGGGAAUGGCGGGAAUGGGAAGGGUCAUAAUCGGAGUAUGAGCGCUGGCGUCAAGGGUUCUCACGCGGAUGAAGAGGGUUCGUACGGAGUCAGUCCCGGUAUUACACCUUGGGAUGUCCCGUUGGGUUCGUCUGUUCAAACCCAGUCCAGCGGUCAUGGCCGACGCAAGAGUUUAGGUGUGUUCAGCACCAUUACAGGUGGGAAUAAGGGAGAUAAAGACAAGGGUGAAAAGGGUUACGGUGAAAGGGAAGUGAUGCGCAAACCACUCCCCGUUGGUCCGCUCCUCGCUACGACCGAUGACGACGACCUCAGCGGUAGUACUAGUACAAGCGACAAUUACGCCAACGGCUUUGCGAACGGUUACGCCAACAGCUCCGCCAAUUCCAACGGCCACGCCCGCACCCAAUCCCAGUCCUCAGGAACCAUCACCGGCCUGCAACGCCCCCCUUUGAUCGUACCAACAAUAAUCAACACCCGACCCAGCGGAGACGAGGAAGAUCGGCCGGAGCUGGAUUUGGAAAUUGAAUUGGAGAGGGAGAAGGAGGUUUUGCAACGGGAAAGGGAAUUAGAGAGGGAAAGGCAAAGGGAACGAGAAAGGGAACGAAGUAAGGAAAGAGAAAAACAGAGAGAAAGAAGUAAGGAGAGGCAGAGAAUGAGUUAUUCUAGGAUGAGCUGGUCGAGAUUGGGAAUGGGCGGGUUGGCGGGGAGGGCGAGGGCGAAUAGUGAUAUUGCUGAGAGGGAGGAGGAGGAGUGA